AUGCACGAAUCGACAAUUUACCGUCGUCUCCUUCCUAUUCAGGGGAAGUGCGUACCUGUGCACCUAGGAGAGACGAAAGUGGACAGUAUAUUAUACUAUGCAGGAGCCGUUCGUAUUGUCUAUAUGAUGUUUCUAAGCUUUGGAGGAUUCCAAUUACGAUCGCCAAUCCCACAAACUCUCGCUGACGACGCCAUCUCCGGUCUGCAUGCCAUACAUCAGCUGGGAGUAUUGCAGGGUGAUCCAGCAGCCCGGAACAUUCUCGUCCACCCGGAUCGGCCAGGAAUUACCUGGAUUGACUUUGAACGAGCCGAGUUCGUACGCCCACGAGCGGUACUCGGAACUCUAUCUCCAAAUCGGAAACGAAAGCUUGGCUGGUCUCACGAAGAAGGGAAGUGUCAGAAUGGAAAGAGCAGCAAGAAGAUACCUGCAUCAGACAUAGGUCAAGCUAAGACGGAGCUGGCGAGAUUGGUGGUGAAGCAGAGAGUAGUCAUUUCUACAGAUGCCAACCUCAUUCGGCCCUGAACGCGUAUCGGGAGCCGAAGAAGUCUAUAGCUGGAUGAACUCUCUCCGGAAGUCGUCACUGAUGAGCCUCGUCACCGACAUUUCCAUACGAGACAGUGCCAACUCAGCUCACGAGGUCAAUAGACACAAAUGAGUUCGACGCAGGAAGCCACCUCUCAUUCCACAAUUUCGACGCCAAUUCCGGAUGUGAAUAACGCGGCGAGAUCCGGUGGAUACUCGCCGGGCGGUGCUGUCAUACUGGAUGCAAGACUAGGGCAGACCCGAAGAGCUCGAAGACGUCGAAGUAUGGGACAAGACCUGAGCCAGAAAUGGAAGGACUGCUGGGCGAGUUUGUGCCUGUCGUGUAACAGCUCACGCAUUUCACGGUAGUGAAAAGGAAAGGAACACCCCAAGUACAUGUAAUCGUCGUAACCAACUUUUCGCUUUGCUCAAGGUUGGAGAAGCGAUCCGCGCGCACGAGAAAUGGAGGGGAAGCGAAGUACGCGCACGAGAAACGUGCGUCUGUUCACCGCUACUCUUCAACAAAACCAUUUCCAUAGCUGUAC